CUGGCAACUAAUACAGUAGUAAACACAAGGAUCACGAGGAAAUUUAUCAUCGUCUUCUGUGUCUCAUUUAUCGCUCAUUUUCAGCCUCUCUAGAGAACAGGGCCAAGAUGUCGAUAGCUAAUAUGGAAAAGCAUCUUUUUAACCUGAAGUUUGCCGCCAAGGAGUUGGACCGGCAGUCAAAGAAAUGCGAGAAGGAGGAGAAAGCAGAGAAAGUCAAGGUGAAGAAGGCCAUAGCCAAGGGGAACAUGGAUGGCGCUCGCAUCCAUGCCGAGAACUCCAUCCGCAACAAAAGCCAGGCCCUGAACUACCUCCGCAUGUCAGCCAGAGUGGAUGCAGUGGCCUCUAGGGUUCAGACAGCUGUCACACAACGCAAGGUAACACAAAGCAUGGCGGGUGUGGUGAAGAACCUGGAUGCAGCCAUGAAGAGCAUGAACCUGGAGAAGAUCUCGGCUCUCAUGGACAAGUUUGAGAAGCAGUUUGAGGACCUGGAUGUGCAGAGCUCGUACAUGGACACUGCCAUGAGUGACACUGUGACCACGGCCAUACCCCAGGAUGCUGUUAAUGGUCUCAUGUCACAGGCUGCGGAUGAGGCUGGACUGGAGUUGAACAUGGAGCUCCCGUCAGGCAGCAUGUCCACGAUUGGGGUGGGGGCAACACAGGCUAGUCAAGAUCAGGACGAACUGACGCAGAGACUAGCCAAGCUCCGUAACUCAUAAUUUCCUCAAAGACCUUCCUCGACGAGCAAAAAGGAAAAAAAGGAAUUAUUUUUCUCACUAAAUUUACAGAAGCCAGUUGACACCAUGCAUUUGGAACAAAAGUGUCAUUUGUCUCACUCGCAUCAUUCUGCGCAUGUUUUUAGGUUCUUCUGAAGGUUGUUCACCAAAUUGUCACAGCAGGCGUUGUCAAAAUAACAAAAACUGUGCUCUGGUUCUGCAUUGGGGCCUUAAAUACCCUUCCACUUCUCUGUAGUUUGCCAAGGUAUGACUGAAGUAAACAGAUGUGUAUAGUAAUUCAGUUUUAGGGUGCAAGAGAUUACUUUAGGGUUCUACACUUGAUAUCGAUAGUGGAAUUCAUGUCUUGAGUGUUAAAAAGAUAAAAUGGUAUGUCAUAGCUUCUCUGUCUGUUUUUUGAUUGUAUCAUUUCAUUUUCAUAUAAUUAUUAUUAUUUUUUCUUUCUUUUUUUUUUUUUUUUUUUUUACUUAUCUCUUUAUUUUGUCUGAUGAUUCAAAUGUUAAGAGUCAGACAUUUCAGUCUAACACAUGUUGCAUUGGUCAUCAUUCUCAGCCAUUUGAUUAUUUGAUCAUUAUAAAACCUGAUUUUGUAGGUGACAAAAAUAUAUAUGUUAGGAUUCACCUUAAAUUCAUUAUUAUUUUUCAUUUCUCCACAUUUUAAAUGCAAAUGUCAACACUGACAGUUCACAGGCUAAGUGGCUUGUUUAGAGUUGGAGAGGAAUGGAUAUUAAUUAUUAUAUAUAUCCUAUACAUAAAUCAAUAACUGUAAAGGCUUUACCAGAAUUUCAAGCACCUACAUUUUAAAACCCAAGCCAUAGUUCAAAGAAAAAGUCUAUUUAAUUUUAAAACUUAUAUUUACCAUAUAGUUCAUUGUAUUGCCUGAUACUGUAAGGCCAAUCACCUUUACAGAAAGAGAAAGAAGAAAAAAAAAUUGUUUACCAUAUAGUACAUUGUAUUGCCUAUAACAUGUUGACAAUACUGUGUCAACAUGUUAUAGGCAAUACAAUGUUCUAUAUGGUAAAUAUAAUUUUUUAAAUUAAAUAGACUUUUUCUUUGAACUAUGGCUUGGGUUUUAAAAUAUAGGUGCUUGAAAGUCCAUGAUACAUGACUUUCUCAGUUGCAGUAUCUUCUGCUUCUCUGUUUUGUUAGGUAAACAUUUGAUAAAUUUAUACCAGUAGAUUAACCCCUUGUCUGUGGGUGGCAUCCACUAUGAUGCCAUAGCAGCGUAGCACUGAUGCCAUGGGAUGCAACCCCACAGAUGCGGCCCAUACAGAUAUACCCAUUUGGCCGCCGAAAAAGCCCGCGCACAUUGGGUUAAUCUGUAUCGAAGAAUGAAGCACUCUUGGGGCUGAUUUUUAAGGCAACAACAUUGUUAAAACCAAUUUUGUAGUAGUAAUGAUAACACUUGACAGGUAGAAAUUGUAUUUAUAAACAGAUAAUUCAUACUUUACUUAACUAUCAGGCAAGGAAAUGUGUUCACAGUAUUCACAAAAUAAGUUUUGAAAUUAAUUAUAUAUCAAGUCUAAGAGCCAUUUAUAUUAUAUUGGGAGAGGGGGAGGAAUUUGAUCAUUCUGACAACCAAAAACUUUAUAUUCAAAGCAACUGUAUAAGAUCUUUUUUCUUCUUUUUAGUCAUAAGGAAAAGUUAUGUUUUUAACAUUUAAAUAAUAGAAAAGCGGUCUGAUUGCUUCACCCUUCAUGUUCAUGAUAAAAGCUAUCAUACAAGCUUGAAGUAUGAUAAAGCUCUUAGGUUACUCUUAAAUUUAUUGGAGAUUAUAGAACAUACUGAAUGAAGUCUUUCUUUGCUCUGACAUCCAGCUAUUUUAGAUAUUGUCACAUAAGAAAACUGGCUUGUGUGUUUCCCCUUGGGCCUGUCCACACUCCAAGCUAGCUGGUGCAAGCAGGCUAAAGCAAGAAGUUUUGCAGCUUUGUAAUCUAAAUAUGCAUCCAAGCUGCCACUAAGUGAAUUUGGAGCAACACAAGAACAUUGAACUGUAAAUUUCUUUUCGCUUAAAAUUUGAAACGCAGUAACAGUAAUCAGUGAUAACGUACAGACAGGCCAGCUUUCAGCCAGGUUGGAUGUGGUUUUAGAUUUUACAAUGGCCGUGAACAUAAAACUUUGGAUUGUUAUUGUUUCAUAAAACCGACUUCAUUACAGGUUCACAUAUAUAGAUAUAUAUUUUUUGUUUGUUUCUGCAUUGAUUUUGUAUAUAGUAUCUAGGUGAUGUGUUUUAUAUGAUAAACUCCUGAAUUUUACUUGGCCACUCAAUUGACACUUUAUAUGAAACUAUUAAAUAAGAGAAAAUGUUU